CUCGAAAGUAAGGGAUUGACCCUGAACAAUGAUACCUGGAUGAAUGACACUGUAAUAAUUGAUAGCACUGUGGGAAAGGACACAUUCUUUCUCAUCACGUGGGAAAAACAGCCUCCCAGUAUUUCACUCUGGAAUCCCAAUGGGACACUGACAGAAGCUUUCACACAGGACACUCUUUCCAAAAUGGCUUAUCUCCGCAUUCCAGGAACUGCACAGGUGGGCACGUGGACUUACAGUCUUCAGGCCAAAGCAAACACAGAAAUACUAACCAUGACAGUAACCUCUCAGGCAGCAAAUUCUUCUGUGCCUCCAAUCACAGUGAAUGCUAAAAUGAACAAAGACACAAACAGCUUCCCCAGCCCAAUGAUCGUCUAUGCACAAGUUCUCCAAGGGUAUCUUCCCAUUCUUGGAGCCAGUGUGACUGCAAUCAUUGAAUCAAACAGUGGAAAAACACAAGUUUUGGAACUUUUGGACAAUGGUGCAGGUGCUGAUUCUUUCAAAGAUGACGGGGUCUACUCCAGGUAUUUUACAUCUUAUUCAGAAAAUGGCAGAUAUAACUUAAAAGUGCGGGCUCACGGAGGAACAGACUCUGCCAGGCGAAGCUUGCAGUACCCACUGAAUAGAGCUGCCUAUAUACCAGGCUGGGUGGUAGAUGGCAAAAUUGAACAGAAUACAACAAGACCUGAAACUACUGAGGAUACUCAGACAAUAUUGGAGAAUUUCAGCCGAACAGCAUCUGGAGGUGCAUUUGUGGUAUCACAAGUUCCAGACACUACAAAUGUUCCCUUGCCUGACCUGUUCCCUCCAAGUCAAAUCACAGACCUUGAUGCCACAUCUGAGGGGGAUCAGAUCAAUCUAACAUGGACUGCGCCAGGAGAUAAUUUUGAUGUCGGAACAGUUCGACAGUAUAUCAUAAGAAUAAGUGGAAGUAUCAUUGAUCUAAGAGACAAUUUUGAUGAUGCACUUCAAGUGAACACUACCGACCUAUCACCAAAAGAGGCGAACUCCAAGGAAACCUUUGCAUUUAAACCAGGAAACAUCUCAGAAGAAAACAUAACCCACAUAUUCAUUGCCAUUCAAAGUGUAGACAAAAGCAAUUUGACAUCAAAAGUAUCCAAUAUUGGACAAGUGGCUUUGUUUAUCCCUCAAGCAGAUCCUGGUCCUGAUGAAAGCCAACCAAAUCCUAAUCCUGGUGAAAGUCAUCCUAAUCAUGAUUCUGGAGUUAAUAUUUCUACUGGUCUGUCAGUGGUGGGGUCUAUUGUGCUUGUUGUGGUUGUUAGUAUUAUUUUAAGUACCACUAUUUGUAUCUGAAAGAAGAGAAACUCUUCAAGAAGACCUAGAACAGAGUUUUAA